UGCUAUAAAAAGCCUGAGCCUCCUCUCUGUUGCUCUACUCUUUGCUGACCCGCAGGAGACCCAGCCGCCAGACAUGAAGCCCCUCCUGCUCCUGCCGCUGCUCGGAUGCCUCGCCACCAUCGCCUCCUGCAUCGACACCGUGAAGUGGUGCGUCACGUCGACGAAAGAGAAUCUGAAGUGUAAUGACCUGGCUGCUGCGGCCCCGGUCUUCUCCUGUGUGGCGAGGGCCAGCAUCACGGACUGUCUGACCGCCAUCAAGGCUGGUGAGGCAGAUGCCAUCACUUUAGAUGGAGGGGAAAUCUACACUGCUGGACUGGAUGAGUACAAACUGCAUCCCAUUAUUGCUGAGCAGUACGGCACCUCUACAGACACCUGUUACUACGCUGUUGCCGUGGCGAAGAAAAACACAGGAUUUGGCUUACAUCAACUAAUGGGGAAGAAAUCUUGCCAUACUGGGGUGGGGAAAUCUGCCGGCUGGAACAUUCCCAUAGGAACUCUGCUGUCCAUGGACUUCAUUAAGUGGAAAGGCAGUGAUGACAAAAAGUUGGAGGAGGUGGUGGGCGAGUUCUUCCACUCCAGCUGUGCUCCAGGGGCAACAGACAGCGCAAAUCUGUGCAAGCUGUGCAUAGGAGACUGCAGCAAGUCCUCAGAGACUGAGCCUUAUUAUAAUUACCACGGGGCAUUCCAGUGUCUGAAAGACGGAAAAGGAGAUGUAGCUUUUGUGAAGCAUCUCACUGUCCCUGAGGAAGAAAAGAACGACUAUGAGCUGUUGUGCAAGGAUAACACCAGGAAGCCCAUAGACCAGUUUGAGAACUGCAACCUUGCCAAGGUUCCAAGUCAUGCCGUUGUCACUCGCAAGGACAACGAAGAGCUGGCGCAAUUCAUCUGGCAAAGCCUCAGCUCAGUAAAGAACUUUAACCUUUUCUCGUCGACACCCUACGGUGGAAAGAACCUGAUGUUCAAGGACUCAACAACAACAUUAGUGCAGCUGCCCCUGAACGUAGAUCACACCAUGUAUCUGGGUCCUCACUACUUAGAAAGCGUCAAAGCCCUUAAGAAAGUUAAUAUCCCAAGCACCACGUCAGACGCCAUGAAAUGGUGUGCUGUGGGCCGCAGUGAGUCCGACAAGUGUGACAGUUGGAGCGUUGCCAGUUUGGUUCAAGAUGGCACCACGAUUGAUUGCAUCAAAGGCAACACAGUUGAUGAUUGCCUGAAAAAGAUUAUGCAUAAAGAGGCCGAUGCAAUGGCAGUGGAUGGAGGUCAGGUGUACACAGCUGGAAAGUGUGGUCUGGUUCCUGCUAUGGUGGAGCAGUAUGAUCAAGGACAGUGCAGUGCUCCUGGAGCCGCAGGCUCCUAUUACUAUGCUGUCGCUGUGAUAAAGAAAGGUUCAGGGGUGACCUGGGAAAACCUGAGAAACAAGAGGUCCUGCCACACAGGCAUAGGAAGAAACGCUGGCUGGAACAUCCCAAUGGGUCUCAUCUAUGAACAAACUAAAAACUGCAACUUCUCUGCUUUUUUCAGUAGUAGCUGUGCCCCUGGAGCCGACCCCAGCUCUCAGCUCUGUGCUCAGUGUGCUGGCAAUGCCGAAUCUAUAAACAAGUGCAAAGCCAGUAAUGAAGAGAGGUACUACGGCUACGCUGGAGCUUUUAGAUGUCUUGCAGAAGGUAAAGGCGAUGUAGCCUUUGUCAAACACUCGAUCGUCAAAGAAAACACAGAUGGUCAGGGACCAGAGUGGGCCAAAGCUUUCCUGUCCAAUGACUAUGAGCUGAUCUGCCCUAGCAAAGGCCCAGUGUCAGUCGAGAAUUUCAUGUCCUGCAACUUGGCUAAAGUGAACGCACACGCUGUGGUGACCCGUCCUGAGAUCCGCACCAAGGUGGUCACCUUCCUGAACAAUCAGCAGAGCCAUUUUGGAAACAGUGCCAGCGAAGAAUCGUUCAAAAUGUUCACGUCGCCAGAUGGAGAGAACCUCCUCUUCAAGUACUCCACUAAAUGUCUCCAGGAGAUUCCAGCUCAUUUGGACUAUAAAGGGUUUUUGGGACAAGAGUACAUGACAGUCAUGAGUUCACUUAGAACUUGCAAAGAAUCCACCUCAGAUCUGGAACAGCUUUGCACUUACAAUAUGUGUCAGACCUAGUGGUGAUCAUGGACUCAGUGAUUCAAGCACCUUCCCAUACUUGACCCAAAACAUGCUUUGAGUAUAUUCUUACUGACUUCAAAUGUAGACCUGCUUUGAGAAGAGCGACCAGAAAAAUCAUGUCUAUGUGCAGCCAUUAUCAUGCUGUUUGAGCAGAAUGUUAUUGAAGAUUAUUAAAUCAAUUAUCUUUUGUUGAUCCAUGCCUCACUUUUCUCAAAUAAAGCCUUUUUGAAUUCUGA